CAAAGACAUGGGCAACACUCAGGUGCAGCCUCCAGAGGAAGCGUUCUGUAACCUGGACAUCCGUGAAGGUCUACCGGUGGUCCAGCUCUACGUGAUGCCGUCUGUCUUCGUGGCUGUGCUGAUGCUCGGGCUGCCCCUCAACCUGCUCUCCCUCUGGAUUUUCUUCCACCGCCUGCGGCGUUGGACCCGCAGCACGGUGUUCCUCUUCAACCUGACCCUGGUUGACACCUCCUGGCUGCUGGCACUGCCUUUGCUCAUCCACUACCAUCUGGACCAGCUGUACUGGAGCCUGGGGCUGCCGCUCUGCAGGACUGUGAGGAUGCUUUACCACAACUACUUUUACCUCAGUAUCUUCUUCGUCAGCUGCAUCAGUGUGGACAGGUACCUCGCCAUCGUGCACCCUCUGCGCUCUCUGGUACUGCUGGGCCGGAGGCAGACCUGUAUGCUGUGUGUGCUGGUCUGGGUGGUCGCUCUGGUCUUCAGCAUACCUGUUGCCACUAUGACUCUGAUCCAGACUUGCCCUGAGAGCAACCGCACCGUGUGCACCUUGUACAUGCUGCUGAGUGAGAACGGGGAGACCCUCCCCUAUUCCCUCUUCUGCACCACCAUCGGCUUCCUCUUCCCGCUGCUUUCCAUCUGUUACUGCGGCCUGCGCAGCGUCGGAGUGUUGCGCCGCCGGUCAUGCAGACACGACCCGCACAACAAGAAGAGGCGGCUGAGGCGGGUGCUGAGUGCAGCGCUGGUCCUCUUCGCCCUGUUUUACCUGCCCUACCACCUGAGCCGCAACGUGGCCAUCCUGAUGCGAACAGUCUACCCUGGCGACCCCUCCUCCUGGCGCCUUGCAGAUCUGGCCUUCGCCCUGGAGAUGUGCUUCUGCAGCCUCAUCACCUGCGUCAACCCUCUGUUCAGCUGCUUCAUAGGACACCAGUUCAAGAGGGAGUUUCGUGGCAGUUUUGCGGUCUUAUUUCCCAGGUGUCCCGGCAUGCAGGUAGCCUCAAUGAUAUCUAAGCAGACCCGGAUGAAGGUGAGAAACAAUCAGCGGAUGGCUACUGUCAGUCCUGUGUGUGCACUGUCUGCACCUAGGUCCUAA